GCGUGGAACCGCGGAGUCAGACGAGCGACGUUCAACACAAGUUUGAGCCCUGUCUACAUCGACACCACAUAACCAGAACCUCGAUACUCUUCGAAAUCUCACAUCUCCUUCUUCAGCCUUCCUACACUGAGAGUGCAGCAGACUGGCUCAUCUGACAAACAAGGGGAAGCUCAGCAGAUACUAGUACGUUUCCAGACUCGUCUUGAGAUCGCCAGUAUCUGCUUCUGCAGCUGUGACCACAGCCGAGCCACAGAGAGUAACUGACAGAAACCAGUUUCCGGACGCCUUCUAGACUUCCUUCAGGUUAGCCCGACCCCACGACCUCCCCCACAGCAAAGCUCCAGCCAUGUCUCUGGACGUGAAGGAGAAGACCCACGUGCGCCUGGUGUUCCUGGGGGCGGCCGGCGUGGGCAAGACGGCCCUGAUCCGCCGCUUCCUCCAGGACUCGUUCGAGCCCAAGCACCGGCGCACCGUGGAGGAGCUCCACAGCAAGGAGUACGACAUCGGCGGCGUCAAGGUCACCGUGGAGAUCCUGGACACCAGCGGCAGCUACUCCUUCCCGGCCAUGAGGAAGCUGAGCAUCCAGAACAGCGACGCCUUCGCCCUGGUCUACGCCGUGGACGACCCCGAGUCCCUGGAGGCGGUCAAGAGGCUCCGCGACGAGAUCCUGGAGGUCAAGGAGGACAAGUACACGCCCAUCGUGGUGGUGGGCAACAAGGCGGACUGCGAGGAGAAGCGUCUGGUGGCCAGCGACGACGUGCUGUCCACGGUGGAGCUGGACUGGAACAACAGCUACCUGGAGGCUUCGGCCAAGGAGAACGACAACGUGGUGGAGGUGUUCCGGGAGCUUCUGCAGCAGGCUAACCUGCCCAGUCGGCUGAGCCCCGCCCUGCGCAGACGCAGGGAGACCUUCCCCAAGGACCUGGGCGUCAGGCCCCCCAUGAAUAAGACCAACAGCUGCGUCGUCUCCUAAUGGGAGCGGGGCUGGGACUGGGGCGGAGAGGCUGGGGGGGGGGAGGGGGGGGGGGGCAGGGGGGCUGAAGGGUUGCCGCUCAGUGCCGGCGCUCAUGAAACUUUGGAGGAAGGUGGGGGGGGGGGGGGCGAGAGACUUGACCACGUGGGUCCGCGGGGAUGGGAUGAACUGAUUCGGACCCGAGCUCGCGUGCAUUCCUGAACACCUUUUGAUUCUGUCUGCGUCUCUCGUUGGCAAGUUGUGUGGAAGGAGAAAUGUUAGGACAGGCUAGAAGGGUGUCGCAAGUGGACUGGGUCCAGCUGAUGAGAACAUACUGCAGGUCUACGGAGAGAGGAGGCGAGAGGGGAGGACGAUUCUUGUUUACUUGAUGUCAUGUGUUGCUGCUUAUUCGGUUAAGAUGCUGCUGUUGUUAAGAUCGAGUUUCGAUCAAUGUCCAAUAGCUUUUGUAUUCUAUGGCUGUUAUUUUUGCAAUGUGCAUUGGAUGUUUACUUGCAAUAAGACGUUGAACUGUUGCAAACAGACAAGGGUAUCGACCAAUUUAUUGAAUCAAAAGUGAGAAGAAUUGUAUGUUAUGGGGUAUGUGCAAAGUAACUGCUUUAAUGUAACACUCUGUAUUUCUCAUUUGGACAUUGAUGUAUAGCACUGCAUAAUGUUUACAAAAACCAUGAGUUUUAAGAUUAAUUUGCUAUUAUAAGCAUGACUCAAUUAAUGUUUAAAACGUAGUGAAAUGCAAAUGUCUACAUGCACUUUUUCUUUUUCAAUGUACAUGGAAAUGUUUUUUUAUAUACUUUUUUUUUUACCAUGUUUUAUUUUUAGGACAAUAAUGCUUUAUUGUGUUAUUUUCAAAAGUAUUAUUGAAAUGUGGACCAAAAUGCAAAUUACAA